AUGCAAGCGGAUAAUACCCCAUCAACUCCACAAAGACAUCAAAAUAUCGACGUUGAACGUGGUGCCUAUUCCGAAUCUGACAUCCCACAACCGGCCCCUCAAACCCAACAACACUGCCGUCGAUCAGCAUCUUCUCCUCCUCUCACUUUAACCUUCGACUCCGACUUAGAAGAUGACGUCUUCGCUCCGAGAUCCGAUCGAACCAACGAUUUAUUCUCCACAAGGAACCUAGAUAUCUUCGGCUACGGUUCUCCAAGAACUCCUGCCGGAGCUCUCUUGAGUCCUCGACGAGAGAGGACUUUCACUUUCUCGUUGACGAGUGAGAAGCAUUGGAGGGAUAAGGGAGGGACAGAUGUUGCUGAUGGUGUUGAUGAUGCGGAUGGGGAAAGCCUUGAUGAGACGGAUGCACCAUCAGAGAAGACGGAAGAAUCUGAAGGUUCGAUAUUCUCUUCAAUCAUUCCGGCCAAACUUUCCGGUUCCAUUUGUACCGCUGUGCUGUUCAUGCUGGGUUGGAAGCUGUUCUCGACCAAACGGUGA